AAAAGGCAUCAGGAAUCAGUCAAACUAUCUAAUUAAAUCGUAUUUAAGAUUAAAAGCUCCGUCUCGUUAUAGCUCCAAAUUUCUGCUCAAUUUCCUUCAAGGCCAUUCCACUCUUUCCUUCGCAGAAGCGUUCGCUGCAUGACGAGCGCGUCGGAGCUGUUUUACAACAGGAGGUCACGCGUGGCCCGUGUCGAGCACGGGCCAGGGCUUGAUUCUCUCACCCCUGAACGGACUUUCCACAAUCGUCGCCAUCAUCACGAUAAUAAUUCUAAUCAUCGCCAUGAUUUGGACAGCUGUGAUCCUCUCCGGAGAUCACCGCACGGACGCCAUCUGUCUCACCGUCCCUCCCAUUCGGAGCGUGCUUUAGUUCGGCCUGAUCAAGGAAGCAGCCAGUUUGUCCCAAGCAACACAAUUGACUCAACAAUUUCAAGAAUUACAGGCAGGUCCAGUGUGAAUGGCAAUGACAGGCUUCCUGGAGCUGUACUACUUGCAAGGGCAAGGCUUCUUGAGAGAUUGAGAGGUGUAUCCCUUUCUGAAAACAGGAGAAGCUCCAGAGCUUCAUCAGGCAAUCGGAGGAGAAAUUUAUUUGAUGGUGAAUUUAGGUUUGAUGAUGCUGGGGACUGGGGAGCUGAAAGCUCAACCAGACAGUUAACUGCUGUGGUAUCUCCCUUUACAGACUUGAUCACUGAAACAGGAAGAGUGCAAUUUGUGCAUGAAGCAGAAAAGGAGAAGCCACCUGGUCUCACCCAGGAGGCCCUGGAUUGUUUGCAGAGGGAGAUCUUUAGCAGCUUUAGAAUAGGUGAGGAAGAGGAAGUGUCAAAGGUAUCAUUUGAUUGUGGUAUAUGUCUGGAGAGUUUCACAGAUGGAGAUGAACUAAUAUGCCUCCCAUGUGACCAUAGGUUCCAUUCUGCCUGCUUGUAUCCUUGGGUUAGAAGUUGUGGGGACUGCCCAUAUUGUCGAAGAGAUAUAGUUGUAAAUAGUCCGAUAGGCACAAGGAAAACUUAGAACAUCCUUCAGUCUGGGUAAAUCUUUAUCUUACAGCGAAAGUCUGGGAGAUACAUUACAGUUUUGACAUGAAAAAUGCAUAGUGAUCCUUGUAUUGAAGGAAAGACGCCUGAAUUUUGAUUCUCACUUGUGUAACAUGUUCCAGUCAUUGAAUUGGUUGUUGUAUCGUUUAACUCUUUGUUGGUUAAUAAGCAUCCGGAGAAUGGGAAUUAUACU